AUGGGCUACCUCACCUCUGUCCUCGACUGUUGCAUCGACUUCAAUAUAUGCCUUGACGUGUGUUUGUGCACUAGCUGCCAGAUUGGCCGCCAGUAUGCCGCAGUUGGCGGUGCCCCUUCGACCCUUUCGAUGAAAGAGUGCGCGAAGGGCUGUAUGUGUCCAUGCAUUAUGGCAACAUUUCUGCGGCGUCGUAUUUCACGAAAAUACUCCUUUCGUGAAUCUCCAUUGUCUUCAUGCGUCCUGGGAUUCCUGUGCCUUCAGUGCGGGCUGUGCCAAACCAGUAGGGAGCUCAUACUCCGUGAGUCGAACCCUGGCGGCACAUGCUUCGAACCUACUUUAGUGAGUGUCAACAAAGAAGGCUACGACCUCGGCUUCUUGGCGCCAAGUGUUCGGACGUUUGUGUAA